UGGGAAGCAUCUCCUAAAGUUUGAAGAAGCUGCAAGGAAAUUGCCAACAAUACAUUGCAGCAUUGACUCAAUGACUUCAUAAUUAAGUCAUCAAGGAAGUUGCCUAGAAGUUACCAUUAAUUGAUAUGCAUGGUGAGAAAGAGGCCGCAUGGACUUCUAUUUAUUAAGGAGAGUCGAUGCUGUCCAACUCUCUCAAUGCAGUAAGUAGAUUAUUCAGGCAUUACAUACAGUACACGUACACUGAAUAAUUUUCUUCCGUGGCCUCUUAUUCGUUCUCUUCUACAUCCUCUUCUUCUGACACCUUUCCAUGGCUCUACAAUGUUUUUUUGAGCUUUAGGGGAAACGAUACCUGUGAUACUUUUACUGCCCAUCUGAACGAUGCUUUAGUUAGAAAGGGAAUCCAAACCUACAAAGAUGAGGAUGAGCUAAGAAGAGAGGUUCAAAUCUCCCCGGCACUUAUCCAAGCUAUAGAAGGUUCAAAGAUUUUCAUCAUUGUACUCUCAAAAAGUUAUGUAUCAUCAACAUGGUGCUUGGACGAGCUAUUGAAGAUUCUUGAUUAGUGUAAAAAAUCAAAACAACAAAGGAUUCUACCUGUGUUUUACCACUUAGAUCCAUCGGAUGCAUGCGAUCAAAGAGAGAAUUUUGCAGAAGCAGUGGCUAAACAUGCUGAGAAAUUGAAUGUAGAUCACAUGAAGUUGCAGCUGUGGAAGGCAGCCCUACAAGAAGUUGCCAAUUUGUCCGGGUACCAUCUCAGAAAUGGGAAUGAAUAUUCUAUAUUCAUUGAAGGAAUCGUUCAAGGCGUCUCAAGAAUGGCAAAUGAUCAUUUAUAUUUAUAUGUUGCCAAGCAUCCCGUUGGACUAAAACAUCGUGUAGAAGAUGUCAAUUUGCAUUUAAUUAGUAUUGGGACAAACGAUGUACGAAUGGUAGGGAUCUUAGGGAGGGGCGGAGUUGGUAAGACAACUCUAGCCAAAGCAAUUUAUAACUCGGUUGCUUUUCAAUUUGAAGCUAGUUGUUUUCUUGAAAAUAUUGGUCAAACUAAUCAAGAGUAUGGUUUGGUUCAACUGCAAGAGACCCUUCUCUCUAAGAUCUUCGAAAAUGGUAGGAGUUUGAAGGUUGACAAUAUUGAUAUGGGAAUCAAUAUGAUAAGGCGCAGGCUUCAUUCUAAAAGAGUUCUUUUAAUUCUUGAUGAUGUUUACCGUUUGACCCAAUUAGAAGGGUUGGCUGGACAUUAUGAUUGGUUUGGUGAAGGAAGUAGAAUCAUCAUCACAACAAGAGAUUCACACAUGUUAGAGAGGCAUGGAGUUUAUUCAAUAUACGAGAUGAUGGAACUUAAUCACGACGAAGCUUUUCAAUUAUUUUGUUGGCAUGCUUUCAAAAGAGAGAAACCAGCUGACGGUUAUAGAGAAUUUGUAGAAGAAAUGAUCAAGUUAAAUGCGGGCAAUCCACUACUUUUAACGGUAGUUGGUUCGCAUUUAUAUGGUAGAAGUGAAAGUGAGUGGCAACAAGCAUUGAUUCAAAACAAGAACAACCUUCCCUGUAAUAUUUAUAGCCAACUUAAAAUAGUUUAUGAUAGAUUAAGUGAAAAUGAAAAGAAUAUUUUUCUUGACAUAGCAUGUUUUUUCAGGGGAGAUGUGUUUGAUGAUGUCAUUAAGAUACUAGAUAGCUUUGGUUUUUCCCCAAAAUCUUGGAUCCCAAGACUUAUAGAGAAAUGCCUUAUUUACAAGCUCGACGAAAGAUUGCAAAUGCAUGAUCUUUUAUGUGAUAUGGGUAAAGAAAUUGUUCGACAAGAAUCACCCCAAAAUCCAAGAGCACGCAGCAGAUUAUACUUUCAUGAAGACGUUCGAGAAGUAUUCGAGACAGAUACGGGAACAGAUAGAGUUGAAGCAAUCUUGGUAGAUUUUCCUAAAGGCAGUGACAUCAUCCGCCUGAGUCCCAAGGCCAUAAAAAAAAUUACAAGACUCAGAUUCUUUAGAUGCCGCAAUGCACAUUUUUUGGCCUAAAUGUCCUUUGAAAUUUCAAUCACAAUUUCAUGGAUUCGGAUCAUGUAGCGUUGUGGUACUUACCUACAGAACAUAUUACGCACCAACGAGUUAGCAAAUCCAAAUGGAUGGAAGUCAACUUUCAAAGAGGCAUCGUGUUGAUUAGGAUGAUGACCAUGAUCAUCACGAUAUUGAAUCCAACUUGUAUCCACAACAAAGGAGGCCUUCUUCAACCUUGGACAUCAAAUUUUUUCUGGAGACUGAUUAUUAAAUUCGUUUCAAGUGUAUGGAGGAGCUAGCAGUUAUGUCAAGUAGUUAUUUUAUUUUGUAUUUAGCUUGUUCUUCAUUUGAAUGAAAAUAAGAUUAUUUAGCCCGAA